AUGUUGUACGGGAUGACCUUGGAGGGCACUACGAUCUUAUGCAGGUUUGCCCUGCGGAUCUACGGCCUUCUCUGCCACAAGGGCUCCAGAGAUGGCAACUACGCCAUCCACGGCGUCUCGGUGCUCUCCAAGCCCAUUGGGCGGAUAACUAAUGACCUGCCUUGCCAAGAGCAGGAUCAGAUGCAGGGGGAGGCGGCUGACCAGACUGUGCCAGCUGACCCCGUUCCUGACCUGGCGCCGCCAGGGCCACAGCAUCCGCAGCUGAUGACCACCGAACAGGACGAGGAUUUCUUCCCUGCCAUUGGUGGCGAGGUGGACGAGCAGACCAUCAGCGCCAGAGGCAGAAAGAAGGCCAGCUUCAUGGACAUACCGUCGCACUUAUUAGAGGUGCGCGACCAGCUUAGGGCUGAAGGCUUAGGUGCUGGCACCACCAACUUCGACCAGACCUACCUGGUCUAUGGCGCACCCGAGGCUUGCCUUCGAGUUGCUGCUCUCAAGAUGUACGGCAGGGGCGACGACCCGAUCAAGCUGGCGAGCCAUAGGAUGGCGCCCGUGGCCUUCGAGCGCGAGGCAGAGCAUAUGGUGAUCGAUGGCCAGUCCAUCGACGCCAUCGACGCGAUCGAUGACCAGAUCAUCGACGCUAGAGCGGACACCCUCGGCACCGAGUUCGAGCGCAUCGGGCACCUGGUCUUCGAGGUGGGCGGCAUGUGCUGCUGCGAGCGCUGCGCAGUGCCAUUGAGCGGGCGCGGCGAGGCCUCCCUCCGCGGCAGCGUGGACAUGACGGACAGGGCGAAGAAUUGGCACGCGAUCGUGUCCAAGAGGCGAUUUACCGUCUCCAUUUACGCGGUGCACGGUAUUUUGCUUUAUUUGCCGCAGAUUUUACCGACCACAUCUACGAGAUGCAGGGUAUGGCUGGGCAGCGAGCGUAGGCCCAGUGCCUCGCCGCCAACUUUUCACUCCUUCGACUUCGGUGACGCCCUGCCGAAGAACACCGGUGUGAGCCUCGGCGACUCUCGCCUGAGGAGGCGCUGGCCGGCCUCCGCCUCCGCGCUCGCCGACAUGGUCGCCGCGGGUUUCUCCGAGCUCUCCGUGCCGGAGUGCCAGGAGGCGCUAGAGGCGCUGGAC